UUUCAGAAAUGGAGGAAGAACACUGUUUACACGAAUGUGAAAGUUACAUUCAAAGCCAUAACAUUCAAUUGUUAUUAAAAGAUUGUAUUGUACAGCUUUGUGUUAAUAAGCCAGAAAAUCCUGUUACGUUUCUCAGACAAUAUUUUCAAAAAUUGGAACGGGAGCAAGUGAAAGCGGCUGCGGCAGCUGCGGCUGCAUCUGAAGGGGAAGCAGAUGGAGAACUGUCACCGCUGCCCGUGCCCGGCGGUCAGCUGCCGCGGCGCCGCGGCGGCAUCAGCGCGGAGCCCAUGACAGAGGAGGAUGUUACUAGUUAUGUUAAAAAGGUGGUGCCAAAAGACUACAAGACUAUGGGUGCCCUGUCCCGUGCCAUCGCUUCCAACGUGCUGUUCACACACCUGGACGAGUCGGAGCGGGCGGACAUGUUCGACGCCAUGUUCCCGGUCCAGUUCCUCCCCGGCGAGACCGUAAUACGGCAGGGGGACGAGGGGGACAACUUCUAUAUUAUACACUCGGGCGAAGUCGAGGUGCUGGUGAACGGCGAGCCGGUGACGAGCAUCGGCGAGGGCGGCAGCUUCGGCGAGCUGGCGCUCAUCUACGGCACGCCGCGCGCCGCCACCGUGCGCGCGCGCACCGCGCUCAAGCUGUGGGGGCUCGACCGCGACUCCUACCGCCGCAUCCUCAUGGGCUCCACCAUCCGCAAGCGCAAGAUGUACGACGAGUUCCUCUCGCGCGUCUCCAUACUAGAAAGCUUAGAGAAAUGGGAGCGGCUGACGGUCGCGGACGCGCUGGAGCCCGUGUCGUUCACCGACGGCGAGACCAUCGUGCGCCAGGGCGAGCCCGGCGACGACUUCUAUAUUAUUGUUGAAGGUACGGCGGUGGUGCUGCAGCAACGCAGCGGGCAGGCGGAGGGCGCGGCCGUGGAGGUGGGCCGCCUGGGCCCGUCGGACUACUUCGGCGAGAUCGCGCUGCUGCUCGACCGGCCGCGCGCCGCCACCGUGCGCGCCGCCGGCCCGCUCAAGUGCGUCAAGCUCGACCGCGCCAGGUUCGAGCGCGUGUUGGGGCUCUGUGCUGACAUCCUGAAGCGCAACAUUGCACAGUACAAUAGUUUUGUGUCUCUGUCCGUGUAACAAGUGUUCAAUGAACUCCAUUAUAGGCCAUAGCUUAAUAUAGUAACAUUAGACUGAAACCUGUAUGGGUUUGAGUUCAACUUUUUAUACGAAAACAAAAAUAAGCCAGAAAACGCUAAUGCUUACAAAAUGUGUGGUAUGAUAAUAUUUGUAUGUAUAUACUUAAUAUCUUUAUUUCUUUAAUAUUUACCUUAUAAUUUAUAAUGUUUAAAUGUAGUGAUUUCUUUUGUUUAAAAAGUA